AUGUCGAGCGGCAAGCGAGUCUGUGUCAUCGGCGGCGGAACCUCCGGCCUCGCCGGCAUGGUCCAGCUCAUCAACGAGGGCAUCGAGGUCGUCUGCUUCGAGAAGGAGGCGCGCGUCGGCGGCAUCUUCAACUGGGGCGAGGACAAGAACGGCGUCUACGACAGCGUGAUCCUGACGAUCUCGUCCAUGCUCAUGGCCUUCAGCGACUUCCCGUCGGACGACGCCAAGUACUGGACGCACGAGGAGUACCUCACGUACCUCCAGGACUACUGCAAGAAGUACGAGCUCGACAAGCACAUCGUCUUCAACACGACGGUGACCAAGGUCGAGCUCCGGGCCGACAAGAAGACGUGGCUCGUCGAGGCUACGUCGACGGACGGCACGAAGCACAGCGGCGUCUACGACGGCGUCUGCGUCGCGUCGGGCAACUUCCAGACGGCCAAGGUGCCGACCUUCCCGGGCAUCGACGGCUUCAAGGGCGAGCUCGUGCACGCCUCCGAGUACAAGCGGCCGGACCAGUUCGAGGGCAAGAACGUCGUCGUCAUCGGCCUCGGCGAGAGCGGCGCGGACCUCGCGCGCGAGGUCGCGUCCGUCGCGAAGAACGCCUACGCCUGCGUGCGGAGCCUGCCGGCGAUCAUCCCGCGCCUGCCGAACUACAAGGACCCGACGGACGCCUUCACCUUCCGCGCGCACCACUUCGCGUACACGACGGCCGUGUCCGAGCGGUUCGGCGUCUGCUACGACCCGCGCCUCGAGAAGAAGCUCUGGGGCUGCGGCAAGCUCUCGAGCAUCGCCAUCAACGCGUUCCUCACGAAGAACGCGUCGUUCAUGCCCGCGAUCGUCGACGGCAGCCUCCAGCUCAAGGCGUCGGGCCUCGAGAAGAUCAACGCCACCUCCGUGACCUUCGGGAGCGGCGAGACCGUCGACUGCGACGCCAUCGUCUUCUGCACGGGCUACAAGGACCAGUUCCAGUUCUUCACGGACCCGAAGCUCCGGGUCUUCCCCGACGGCAACGUGCGCAACAUGUACCGCCACGCCAUCCGCCUCGACGCGCCGAACCUCGCCUUCAUCGGCUGGGUGCGCCCGACGUCCGGCGGCGUGCCCGCCUGCUCCGAGAUGAUCGCGCGCUACUACGCGGCGCUCGUCGCCGGGCGCUGCACGCUCCCCGACGACGUCGUCGAGCAGACCGCGCGCAUGCGCAAGUUCGAGGAGGCGGCCUUCGCCUUCACGCCGGACAUCAAGACCCUUGUGCUCAGCCAGUCCCAGUACUUCGACUCCAUCGCGCUCGACCUCGGCUGCUCGAUCAACCCCUGGCGCCACAUCCUCGACCCCGUCUUCCUCUACAAGAUGUACGUCGGCCCCUUCCUGCCCCAGGCCUACCGCCUGACGGGGCCCCACGCGCGGCCCAAGGAGGCCUACGCCUACAUCAAGCGCCAGCACGGCGGCAUGUUCCAGAACUACCUCCCCGAGAGCAAGUUCACGUCGUUCAUGCCCUUCGCGGGCCUCAUGAUGGUCCUCGACAACCUCGUCUACUCCAUCUUCGGCAAGUUCGUCCUCCUCCCCUUCAUGGCCGACAACAUGCCCAAGGAGAUCACGGACAACGACAAGAACUACACCUACGGCUUCGACAUCAAGCGCCGCCACGCGCACCUCGCAGAGCUCCUCGGCAAGGGCGCCAAGGCCAUGUAG